GAAUAAUAGUUAACUUUGUAAAAAAAAAGAAAUUCGCAGCCCCAUCUAAAAAUAAAAAAAAAUUUGAUUGUGAAAUAUCAGAAGUCAUUACAGACCAUAUAACUAAUCAACCUUUCACCCACAAACCACCCACCCAACACUAUACAUACCACCACAUAUACAAUAGAUAACAACACAACCAAGAUGACAGACGGUCAAAAACCAAAGAUAUUAAAAGUUUCAGCCUUAUGUCAAUUAUGUCAUGCUAGAAAAGCGGUGAUGAAAAGACCCAAGAAUUCCCAAAAGCUAUGUAAGGAAUGUUUUUAUAAUGUGUUUGAAACUGAAAUCCAUAAUACCAUCACUAAUGCUCAUUUAUUCGCUCCCGGUGAUAAAGUUGCUAUUGGUGCAUCAGGAGGGAAGGAUUCAACUGUGUUGGCAUCGAUUUUAAAGACUUUGAAUGAACGUUAUAACUAUGGCUUGGAAUUAGUGUUAUUAUCGAUCGAUGAAGGGAUUAAAGGAUAUCGUGAUGAUUCCUUAGCUACGGUUAAGAGAAAUCAAGUUCAAUAUAAAAUGCCAUUGGAAAUCAUAUCGUAUAAGGAUUUAUAUGAUUGGACCAUGGAUGAGAUUGUAUCUUGUGCUGGGAUAAGAUCAUCGUGUACUUAUUGUGGUGUAUUAAGAAGACAAGCAUUAGAUCGUGGAGCUGCAAAAUUAGGCAUAAACCAUGUGGUUACCGGUCAUAAUGCUGAUGAUAUGGCGGAAACUGUUUUAAUGAAUUUAUUAAGAGGAGAUGUAGCAAGAUUAGAAAAAAGUUGUACAAUUUUAACUCAAUCAAGUGGAUCACCUAUUAAAAGAUCAAAACCAUUUAAAUAUACUUAUCAAAAGGAAAUUGUAUUGUAUGCCCAUUAUAAGAAGUUGGAUUAUUUCUCAACUGAAUGUACAUAUGCACCAGAAGCAUUCAGAGGUACAGCUAGAGAAUUAUUAAAAUCAUUAGAAGCAGUAAGACCAUCAUGUAUAAUGGAUAUUAUCUAUAGUGGAGAACAUUUAGUAUUGGCUCCUAAGAAAAAGAAAGUCACUACUCAAUAUAAGAACAAGAAGAAGAUUAUGGAACACCAAGAUGAUCAAAGUCAAGAAGUUGAAAUUAAUGCCGAUGGAUCAGUGGUAUUAAAAGCUAAGAAGAAAGAAGAAUUGAAAGAUGGCAAUACAUGUGAGAAAUGUGGAUAUUUAUCAUCGAAUAAAAUAUGUAAGGCAUGUAUGUUAUUAGCUGGGUUAGAAAUGAAUCGACCAAAAGUUAAUAUCGAUAAUAAUGUGGCAGUUGAUGGAGCUGCCAAACUUACAAAGACAUUAGAACAAUUAAGUUUUUAGAGGGAAAGAAUAUAUAUAGAGUAUUUAUAAUCGGAGGUAAUAGAAAAU